AUGAGGCGUGGGAGCGGAGGCGAGAGGAGGUACUCACCGCCCCUCCCCCACCCGCGCAGACGGGUGAGGAGACGCAGGGUUCAGGGAGGGAGAGAGGACCAGGAUGAGCUGCACUACCCCCUGGUGGCAGAGGAGGGGAAGGCUCAGUCGGACAGUCCAAACCAAAGCAGCGACUCGGACGUGAAGGACCAGGAGAACGGGCAUCUGGGCUUCCAGGACAGCUUCGUGACUCCGGGGGUUUUCACGGUGGCAGAACUUGUUCGCGUCUCUCAGACUCCCAUCGCCGCUGGGUCGGGGCCAAACUUCUCUCUCUCGGACCUGGACAGUUCCUCGUACUACAGCAUGAGUCCAGGAGCCAUGAGGAGACCACUGCCCAGUACUUCAUCCAGUUCUGCGAAGAGGAUAAAGUGCCUGGAGGAGGAGGUGGACAGUCCUGGGGAAGAGUCGUACUACAGUCAGGGACGCUCUCCAGGCAGCAGCAGCUGGCACGACGUGGAGCCAGCUGGAUAUAAACUCCGCGGCUCUUUAACUAGCUCCUUCAUCUCUCGACAAGCCAGCCCACAUGCGCCCUCUGGUGGCCUUCACUUCUCGUCGUCUCCCAUCCUGCAGCAGCCGGCCUCGUACUUCACUCACCCCGCCAUCCGCUACCACCCACAGGACUCUCUCAAGGAGUUUGUACAACUGGUGUGUCCAGACGGGGGCGCUACACACUCCAACAGUCCGUCCAAGGUCCACAACCCGUUCUUACCGACGCCCAUGCUGCCCCCCCCUCCGCCGCCCCCCAUGGCCCGCCCCGUGCCCCUCCCCCUGGACAGUAAACCCUCCGCCACCACCUCGAGUGAGGGAGGGACAUCCCCCAGCUCGCCCACGUACUCCACCCCGAGCACGUCACCGGCUCAGAGGUUUGUGAGUGUGGGCCCCAGAGACCCAGGCUUCAACCUCCCACAGCAGCCACAGAUGUCGGCUCUUUACUGGGUGUUCUGCUGGAGGAGAUGGGGGAGGAGGGGGAGGAGCACACACACAGACAGAGGGGAGGGGGGGGGGGGGGGUGAGGAGCACACACAGAGGGGAGGAGGGAGGGGGGUGAGGAGCACACACAGAGGGGAGGAGGGGGGAGGCAGGGGGGAGUUUGUCUAUGGAAGUCACGUCCCCAGCGUCUCGUUGUCCGCAGCAACCAGACAUGAUCUAAGACAGAGCUGA